AUGUCAGCUUCCAAGCUAGCGCUAAAAGGCUCGUCCAAGAUCGUAUCUGACUACUUCGAAUUUGCCAUUAACAGCAUUCUCUUCCAACGAGGCAUAUACCCAGCUGAGGAUUUUAUCACGGUACGAAAAUACGAUUUGCCAAUGGUUAUCAACAAUGACGAAGACGUCAAAAACUACAUCAGCAACAUCAUGCAGCAAUUGAAGAAAUGGAUCUAUGGUAAAAGGAUAACCAAGUUGAUUGUGGUCAUUGUGUCCACUAGUACCGGAGAAAGUAUAGAACGAUGGGAAUUUAAUAUUGAGACCAAAGAUGAUGAUGAUGCAGAGGAGAUCAAUAAUAAUGAAAGUGUAGGUAAUAAGGAACAAGAUGGUGAUGGAAAGAAGAGCAAGAGUGAAAUUCAAAAGGAAAUAAGAGCAAUUAUACGUCAAAUAACAUCGUCAGUGAGUUAUUUGCCUAUCCUAAGAGAUGAUGAAUAUACAUUCAAUGUCUUGGUGUAUACUGACAAAGAUACAAAUGUGCCUAUACAAUGGUGUGAUACAAAUGGUGAUGGAAGGGUAUUGGAAGGUGACAAUGUUGAUGAGAUAGAUUUUGCCAGUUUCAGCACCGAUAAGCACAAGGUGAAGACUUCAGUUAGUUACAAAUUUGAAUAG